AUGGCCUCCGGCGCCUUCUUCAAUCCCAGGACCCUCCUCCUGGUGACACCCCUCGUCUCGUCAACCUGCUCCCUUUGGUUCGCCUGGGACCAAGACUUCUUCCUCAAGAUCUUCACUCGCCCACCCGUGGAGCACAAGCAAGCCGACGCAAUCCUUCCCACCUACAUCACGGGCUUCUUCGGCUCCGGGCCGUGGGCCGUCGUGUCACUCAUCGGCACCACCUUCUGGACCUCGCUCGCCGCCGUGUGGCUGGAGCGGCCUCUCCUGCGGAGCCGCGGGUCGACGGCGUUUUACGCGGGGACGGCUGCGCUCGCGCUGGGACACCUCGUUUACGUGCCCGCCGUCGCUUGGAAGCUUAAGAAUCUCAUGGACGACACGUGCGCUGAGGAGGGGACGGAUAAUGUGGGCAUGUUGAGGAGGUGGCUGAGCGUCAAUAUGACGAGGAUGCUGACGACGGAUAUUGGAGCUUGGCUUUGCGCUGUUGUUGCCAUUUCGAGGACCCUGACUGUUUAG